CGGCUAGCUGGAUCAGACAGGAUCAUUCCGUGGAUACAGUAAAGAGGGUAGAGGUUUUUUCAAAGCAAAACCAAGACAUCAGGUUAAAACAGAGUUGACCCAAAGAGUCAAGCCACCCUUGCUCGCUCAGUUCGAGAUCUGCCCCGAGUGAAGUUGUAAAACCUCAGGAGUGUGUUUCUGUCGGCGCUUCCACGAGCAUCGGUGCCAGAAUGUGUUCGGGCAGCUUUGCCAAGUGUCUGGGGAUCACCCUGAUUCCUCUGGCGAUCGUGUGCGUGCUGUGCAACAUCCUGCUCUUCUUCCCCAGCGGGAAGUCUGUGGAGAAGGAAAACAUCACAGAUGAGGUGUGGUACUUCGGAGGCAUUCUGGGAUCGGGAGUGUUGAUGCUCUUCCCAGCUCUGGUCUUCCUGGGUCUGAAGAACAAUGACUGCUGCGGUUGCUGUGGCAACGAAAGCUGUGGGCGGAGAUUUGCGAUGCUCAGCUCCCUCCUGUUUGCGGCUGUGGGUGUUUUGGGGGCCGGUUACUCGGUUAUAGUGUCCUCCGUCGCCCUCAACCACGGACCCAAGUGUGUGUUUAACGACACAGUGAUGCCACAGUGGGGGAAUCCCUUCUCGAACGGGGACUACCUGUCCGACCCGGACUUGUGGUCGCUGUGUUUAGCACCGGAAGGCAUCGUGUCCUGGAAUCUGUCCCUGUUCUCCGUGCUGCUGGUCAUGGGUGUGAUCCAGGCGGCGCUCUGUGCUGUGCAGGUGGUGAACGGCCUGCUGGGAGCCCUGUGCGGGGACUGCUGCUGCGGAGGGAGUGACGGAGCCGUCUGAGCACUUCCUGCAGCCGUGAGCGUCUGAAGGCGGACGAUUUUCCUGUAUUUAUUCUGUUUUUAGACGAUGGCGCCAUAGUUUCUUGCUCUAUCUCCUUUAAACUGCAGCGACGGGAUCACGUGGGAUUCACAUUACAUGAGCAAGGCUAGACUAUUUUGAAAUAAACAACGGAGAGCGGUGAUGAAAGAAAA